AUGCAAUGGGCAAGGGAGCGAGAAGAGAUGGCGAAGCUUGAACAAUACCAUUCGCAACUCGCAUCGAAAUAUGAAAGAAACACAAUCAGUAACAACAGAACCCAACUGAUAACCAACACGGAAGUCGUUAAUCAGAAGAAUAAUUUCCACCAGAAAAACUUCAACGUGAGACGCAUUCGAAGCCCGAGUCUUCCACCCAUUGACAAGACAAUGACACGUCAAGGUAGCAACAACUCUGAUCAAUCUUCAGGGUAUUUGAGUGGUGGCGGUGGUGGUGAUGGAAGUAAUAGUCUCCCACCAAAUGCUAACAACACCAUUGACACUCAACCAAAUUAUGACUACAAUUACAGUCAAACAAGAUUUGAUAGUUUAGACGAAAAGUUUCAUCCUAAUCAGGGACAUCAACAACAUCAAAUACAGAAACAGCAAAAGAGUUUAAAAAAGCUUUCGUUGACUUCGUCACUAAACGAUUACUCAUCGUCGACAACAAAUGAACAAGAAAUGGAAUACAACAACAGUCAU